AUGACUGGUUAUGAUCCCGAGGGACGAAUCGUCGAAUGGGGUAACAGGGAUCUUGAUAAGAUAUUCAAAUUGUCAAAGAAAUAUGAUAAAUUGCAGAGUAAUAGGGAUCUUGCUAUGGAACGAAGGAAUAAACGAAAGAGAUUUCGAUUAAGAAAAAAGAUGUUUCGUAUCAUUCGACAAAUCCGUAAUUUGAUUGAUGAAUGUCAUCAUCAGCUGUCACGAUGGUUGUGCGAGAAUUACGAAUUCAUUCUAUUACCCAGAUUUAAAUCCUCGAACAUGAUACUUAGAAACAAGAGAAAGAUCAGAUCAAAAACCGCUCGAAUGAUGUUGACAUGGUCACAUUUCAGGCUCCGAAUGUUCUUAGAACAUAAGGCCAGGGAGUUUAGCAUUUGCAAGAUCAUUGCGUGUACCGAGGAAUACACGUCGAAAACAUGUGGAUAUUGCGAGUUCGUGAAGAAUGAUCUUGGUGGAUCAAAGACGUUCAGAUGCGAUUCGUGUGAAGUUGAAAUGGAUCGGGACGUGAAUGGCGCCAGAAAUAUCUUGCUCAAAUAUUUGACGGAGGGUCAGGCUUCGGCCUGA